AUGUCCCGCACCCCCUCCUCCGCGCAAACGCUCGAUGUCGACGGCGACCUGGCGGCGAUGCUGGCGCGCCUUGACGGGCCCGGCCCGCGCCUGUCGUUCGACCCGGCCGUUUCGGCCGCUGUCCAGGGCCAGAGCAGCGCCCCGCUCGACAGCCGCGCGACGAAGGAGAGAGGGCUGCUGGCCAAGCUGAAGAAGCGCGCGUCCAUGCUCCUCCGCCGGCCGCCAAAGACGGCGACGGGCGGUAGUAGCCACCCGCGGCCGCCCCGCCUGUCGCUGUCGCUGCUCGCAUCGCUCUCCGCCCCCAGCCGGCUCCCUGCAUACUCCACGCCCUGCCUCCCCAGCCAGCUCCACGGCCACCAGCCGUCAGCGCACUCGCCCCCGUCGACGUCAUCGUGUGGUUCCGCGUCAUCGCGCGAUGCCUCGUUCUCCUCCCAGUCGUCCUGCGCUGCGCCAUCCCGCUGCACAGCCACCCGCCAUAGCUCUGCGAAGCGCCAUACGCCCCUCCCCAAAGCGAAGCCCGCUCCGAGAAUCCCUAUUCCGCCCAUCCCCACGCAACGCCAGCGCCACCCGUACGUAUAUGGCGCGCGGCCACGGUCUCCAGGCCUGACCUCCAAGACCAAGUCGAGCACCAGUACAGAAGCGUUCGCCCAUAGUCGUCACAGCAGCGUCGUCCUCCCGCCCCAGCUCUUCCACCUCCCCACCGCCACCGCUGCCCCGCGCACACCACCCCGCUUCCGCGACCGUGUCCAGCGGAGCACGGGCCGCUCCCCGCCAUUCGCGUUCCACUACCCGUCGUCGCCGACGCUGGGCUUGCCGUCCUCGCCCCCGAGCUCGCUCGCUAGCAGCACGGACUCGGAGUGGUCGGACCCCGGCCUGUGGCUCGCCUCGUCGCUCCUCGGGGACGCGUUCACGGUCUCGGAGUCGGCCGCGAGCCCGACGAGCACCGAUUCUGCGCCGCCACGUCCGCAGACGCCGCUCCGACGUAUGACUGCGCGUCCCUGCGCAUCCCUGCGCGUCCUUUGCGCUCCAGGUGCCGGGCAUCGAUAUCGAUGGAGGUGGCUAACAUAA